CGGCGGGGAUGCUACUAAAGCAGCAGCUGCGCCUGCUCCUGUGGCGUUGAGCAUGCAAACAGGCAAAGGCUCAGGCAGGCCUGGACAGAGCAAAGGAAACACUGUCCCCAGAGCUGCAACACCAGCACGAACUGGACAGCAAAAGGUCGUUGAUGUGCAAAAGCACAUAGUUCGGUUGGCCCAAAUGAGUGUCAAAGCAACGGGCAAACUUAACGGCAGACACUCUCCAAAGAUUCUAUUGGUAACUCCGCAUGACUACAUGUUGUCACUCUAUUGGUCACUAUCCACGGGAGGGGUGAACACUAGUGUGCUGCACGAGGCUGGCAUGGCCAACACCAUCACAAGCUUUGUGGAUAAAGGACAAGAUGCCCGUAUUCCCCAGUUGAAAAGACAGAAGUAUUACUUCAACAUCAGUUCCCUGGAGAAGGAGGGGUUACUGGGUGCUGAGCUGCGUAUACUCAGGAAAAGACUGGCUGAUCCACACAAAGCUCUUUCCACUGACAGAGUUUUCUGCCUGAAGCUUUUCACUUGUGUAGCAGGUAAGCAGAAAGCUACACUGCUCCAAACUCAAACCAUCAAGGACCACAAUUCGCCCAAAUGGGAAGUGUUUGACAUUUGGAAACUAUUCAAGAAUUUCAAGAACACCGUCCAGCUUUGCUUUGAGCUGGAGGGUUUAGAACGGGGACGCCCCGUGGACCUCAGGGCACUGGGCUUCAGUCGUCUGGGCAGGCAAACCAAAGAGAAGGCCUUUUUCCUCAUGUUCGGGCGCACCAAGAAAAAUGACUUGUUCUACAACGAGAUCAAAGCUCGGUCUGGCCACGACAACAAGACUGUGUACGAAUUCCUGUUCACUCAGCGGCGCAUGCGCCGAGCUCCAACCAACCGUGGCAAGAAGCUGGCCAAGAACCCCAAGCCUCGUUGCCACAGGAAGCAGCUGCACGUCAACUUCAAGGAGAUGGGCUGGGACGAUUGGAUCAUCGCCCCACUAGAGUAUGAGGCCUACCACUGCGACGGGGUAUGUGACUUCCCUAUUCGCUCGCACCUCGAGCCCACCAACCACGCCAUCAUCCAGACGCUCAUGAACUCCAUGGACCCCGACUCGACUCCGCCCACCUGCUGCGUGCCCACUCGCCUCAGCCCAAUCAGCAUCCUCUACAUUGACUCGGCCAAUAACGUGGUCUACAAACAGUAUGAGGACAUGGUGGUGGAGUCCUGUGGCUGCAGGUAGCAAUGGACGAAAGACCCAGCUGAGGUCUUGGUUUUAUAGUUCAGCCUGAAGAGUUUGAGUUAAGUCUUUUGAGUAAACAGAUUGUUAAACACUCAAAAGUUUUAGAACACUGAGUUAUUCAAGGGUUUUAAUUUAU